AUGCCUAUCGGUCAGCAAGAAUCCGGCAUCACCUCCGGCGUCAAGUUCGUCACUUCGACGGUUGGCAACACAGUCGGCGGCGUUACAAAUACUGUCGGUGGUGUUGUUGGAGCCUUGGGACGAGGUGUAGGCGAGACACUUGAGGGUGCUACAGGCAGUGCUGGACGGCCUGUUGCCCGAGGUAUUGCGGAUGCAACGACCAGCAUUGAGGAUGGCGCAAACAAGAUCGCUGGCGGUGUGAAGAGGGCCGGUGAGGGCAAAUGA